UCUUUUUGGAAGAGCGUUGCAUGUGCAUGGUCUAUAUGAAAAUAAGACAAAGGAUAUCAUCUCUUGGAUAUGCCUAGCAGGUAACGGAGUGAGAAGUAGGAUUGUACGGAGAGUCAAAUUAUUAGAAACAAAGCCUCUUUCUUGCUGGAAAAUCAGUUUUCAAUGCGUGGUGACAGUGUUUGGCAGUGGUGUGUGGGUCCUUAAAAAGUUGCAAUGUUUUUCAGGGUUCUUCUCCACCAGUGUCUGGCUCGAUUCUACACCCACUAAAUGCAGUCGACAGUCGGAGUAAAUGUCAAAGAUGUGUGAAAUCCUAGGUGACAGACUCACAUCUAAUUGAUGGCCCUUCCAGGAAUUAGGCCGUCUCUAUGAGGAUAUUUUGUCAACUGCAAGCACCUGUCCCCUGUCACCUUCACAGUGAAACCAUUGGCACUAUAGGACCACCUGCAGUGUAACAGUAGUUAUUUGUCCAUGUAGAAGAAUCGUAAAGCUCUUUGAUGGAUGGUUAAGUCAUGUCAAGUUUCAGGCCCAGACAUGUUUUUCAUGGUGACCUGUGGGCGCUGGACAGUGAUAGGCCUCCUCCCACUCCAGACAGCCAGGUCAGCUGAUGUCAGGCUGGGCUAAGAUGAAGGCCAAGGAAGAACUGUGGCCCUUCUCUGUUACCAUAACAACUGGACACCAACAAUGCAUGGCCAGCAUUAUGAUGCCUAUUUAGACCCAGGCCAUUUUACUAACAUGGGCAAACUUUUACAUAAUGACAGUGUGGACCUCCAGCGAGGGCCACAAACCCCCUUAGACAACAUGGUGCACAGCUCUCAGGGAUCCCUGAUGGGGGGGUUGGACUCCGACUUUCACUUCGGGGCAACAUCAGAUCGUGCCGUCUCUUCUAGUACAAUCAACGAUGCCAAGAAGAAAAAGGGUGUCGGGAUACCUGGCAAAAGUAUUGAAGAGGAGCUGUGUCGAAUAUGUGGAGACCGGGCCUCAGGGUAUCACUAUAAUGCCCUCAGCUGUGAGGGCUGCAAAGGGUUUUUCCGGAGAAGUAUCACACGGGCAGCUAACUACUACUGUAAAUACGGAGGCAACUGUGAGAUGGACAUGUGGAUGAGGAGAAAGUGUCAGGCAUGCCGUCUGAUCAGGUGUCGGGAGGUCGGAAUGAAGGAGGAAUGUUUACUCUCUGAUGAACAGUGUAAAGCGAGAGACGCACGACGCAAAUCAAAACAGACAAGGUAUCAGAAAAAACAUGAAACUGUUAUUGUCGAAAAGCAGCAGGCAGAAUGUCCGUCUCCUAACAAAUAUCCCGAUUUUGAGAGGCAAUUCUCGCCCCCUAGUACGCCGAAGUCGGUUCCUCCUCUCGGGAUAUCACCUUACGUGAUUGUCGACACACAGCCAAUUAUGAACGUGUGUGAUGAUACUGCCAAGCUCAUAGAGAAACUCGUUAAACUUCAAGACAAAUACGAGUUUCCUGAAGAGGAAAAGAUUGAGACCGCCAUUGAUAUUGACCCAAACUCUAAAGAGGAGUCGGAGGAACAUGUUCUCGGCAGCCUGGCAAAGAUGACUGUUCUCAUCACACAUCUCAUCGUGGAGUUCGCGAAAAAUUUACCUGGUUUUACUCGUCUAGAGAAAGAAGACCAGAUUGUUCUACUGAAGGCAGCAUCCAGUGAGGUGAUGGCAAUACGAGCCAGUCGAUGUUACGACCCCGUGUCGAAGGCCAUUGUGCUGGCCAAUGGGACGCCUCUGACGCGGGAGAACAGUCUGGCCGUGGGUCAGCCCGAGGCCUAUGUUGACCUGGUGUUCAAACUUUGUAAAGAUAUGGCGGACAUACAGACGGACAAUGCGGAAUAUGCCCUUUUCACAGCCAUAUGUAUUUUCUCAACUGAUAGACAAGGGCUAGGGAACAAAGACUUGGUAGAGCAGAUACAAAAAGUCUACGUGGAUGCCUUAAAUGAGUACGAGUCCAAGAAGCGAAAUCGAGGGGGCUGUGCCUUAGCGAAGUAUCUUCUACUUCUCUCUGAUCUGCGCAACAUUAGCCUCGAGCAUUCCAAGAUGCUGAAUGUGUUACCGAUAGAGGAUGAUCUCAUGCCUCCUGUUGUCAAAGACAUUUACAUACAGAAUGAGAGCUGCUGACACAAGGUUACCUAGUGCAACAAACUAUGGCCUCAAAGUCCACCUUUCCCUGUCAUGGAUAUUUAUAGCAGUGGAGAUACCAAGUGAUAUGAUAACUAAUGGAAUCCCUUCCAUGGAUGUUGACCUGUAAAGGACAUCCCUCGAUGUUGACCCCUUUGAAGGUCAUAUAUGGAUGUGACUUGCUCAAGGCUGUCAAUGGAUAAUAACCUCUCAAGUUCGUUCAUGAAUGUUUACCUCCCAAGGUCAUCCAUGAAUGUUUUACCUCCCAAGGUCAUCCAUGAAUGUUGACCUAACAAGGCUUUCAGAGAGCAGGUGAACAGAGAUCAUGUCCAGAUCCUGGAGGAUCAGGUAUACGACUCCGACAUAUUUGAUGUGGUACAGGUCAUGUCUAUUAACAGAGGCUCAUCUUGUGUGGCAGGAGUUUCAGGGUUGUAGUUAUAUUGAAGACUACAUGAAUAUAUAAAACUGGAGUUAUCUACCUUAAUCUGAUUAUCAUAAAAUCUUCUAUAAUCAUGUAAAUAUGGUGCGAGUUUUACUCAAGGAGGAAGUGAUUCCAGGGGAGAUAAUCCUCUCAUGCUCAAAUGGUUUCAAACAAGGACAAAUGGAAUACUCAGAUAUUCAAGGAUUAAUUUGUAUUUGGUGCAUUGUGUGUUGAUCUGUUUUGUGACAUUAUUUUUGUGUAUUUUUUAUUGUUUCCUGUGUAUGCAUUUGUUUACUUGCUCAGUCUUAUAUCACAGGUGCAGGUGUCCCACUUUUCACUGUGGAAAUUUUCCUUAAAAUUUGUUCACAACUUUGUAAUUCAUUGUACAUUUCAACACCCUUAAAUUGUUUACAUCAGAUUCAAUCAGAAAACGGAAAUUUAAAACCAGUUAAAUCAUAGAAAUUAAAAAUUUAUUUUUCCAUUAUUAUCAAUUUUAAGUCAUUUAUUCUGAACAAUGAAUCAUGUUUGCUGGCAGCUUUUAGGUUUCAUAAAAAGCUUUAGAAGUUUUCAUGCCAUUUCCUAUAUGUACUAAACGGAUGUGUUAUUGGUCAACAGUGGACAGAUUUUAAGGAUUGUUUCUGUCUGUAAGUGGGUCAUGAAUCUGAAUUCAGGGUACACAUUUACACACCGAAUGCUGAUGGGCUAGGGCAAUGUGCGAGUAGAGUAAUAUCUAUUAUUUUUUUUCAUAUUAUUCCCAACAAGAGAUUGGCCAGGAGUGCAUCACGUGUCUACCGAUAA